AUGAAGAGGUCAAAAGAGCACAAAGGGAAAGAGACGCACAAUACCAGAUUUUCAAAUUUACCAACCUCCGAAAAAUAUAUAGAAAAAUGCAACAAAGUUGUUGCUCUUACAAUAUCAAAGCAAAAGCAGUAUUACGAUGAAAAGAUUGGCAAAUGCAAAGGAACCAGCAAACAAGUGUGGAGAACCUUGAAAGAUCUCGUUAAUAACAAAGAUGUACACAUUGACUAUAUGAAUAGGUUGAUCAAUUAUUUUAUCAAGAAUGACAUAGUAGGCACCAUACCUUUGAGUAAUGAGGAAGCUAUAACGGCAGCAGUGCCUUUAGAAGAGGAACUUUGGAGAUUUCAAGAAACUUCUCUGAAUAGGCUACUAAAAACUGAUUUUCAAUUGAAGAAAAAAUCUACGGGUAGUGAAGUACUUACCUGCAGUUUGGUGAAGGAACUGUUUGAUUUCAUUGGCUACUUCGUUUUGAAUAUUGUAGUUACAACGCUCAGAACAGGAAAGACGCCUGCAUUGUUGAAGAGGAGCAUUAUAGUCCCAGUAGCCCAAAACAAAUAA